UAAAAGUGUUUGGUUCUCAGUUUGUUGGUAGACGUGUCUUAUCGAUAAGACGCAGCAUCCUCGGCCAUUUCCCAUCUGGGCGUCGAUCUCCAAGCCCUCGUCAUCCCAUCAAUUGAUCAGGGUCCAAGUCCCUAUUCAAAACCGCUAUUAACCUAGGCCAUAUCCCGUCUUACACCUCCAGAAACCUCGCCAUGUCUCACCCUGAACAUUCUAGUCAUUCCAUCCAAAUCCGACACCCUCGACCGAGGUCAUCCGAAGUCGCAGACCCUGUGAUGCGUCCGCGUGGGCUGAUUCUUGGCGCCCGACAAUAUGGCCGAUGAGUACGAGCUCGCUGCAGCUCCUGGUUCCUCAGCUUCAGUAAACACAACAAUGCCGCCGGAGGAAGCUGAGGAAUUACAUGGCGUGGAUGCGCGAUUGCAUAAGAGCACGCUGAGAAAGUUGGACUGCUUGUUACUUCCGUUUCUGGCGCUGCUGUUCUUGUUUAAUGCGCUCGAUAAGUCGAAUAUUGGAAAUGCAGAAUCUGCGCACUUUACGGCGGAUGUCGGACUAGAUAAGGGUGCGCUGAACACCGCUGUCGCGCUCUUCUUCGCCUUCUUCGUUGCAUUACAACCCGUCGGCGCGGCGCUGGGAAGAAGAUAUGGCAUGGUGCUCUGGGUACCUAGUUGCAUGAUUCUUUGGGGAGUAUGCACAGCGUUGCAUGCGUGGGUACGGCAUAGAUGGCAGCUUUAUACGUUGCGCAUACUCAUCGGGUGUCUUGAAGCGGGAUUCUACCCAGUCACUGUCACAUAUCUCUCCCUCUUCUACACACGCUUCGAGUUCGGCAGACGGCUCUCAUUCUUCUACGGUCAGGCAGCCGUCGGCGGUGCUCUCGGUGGCCUUAUAAGCUACCUUGUCUUCUCCCACUUCGGAAAUGAUGAGGAAGGCUCGGACAAAGAUUGGCGACCGUGGCAGGUGCUGUUUCUACUUGAGGGCACACUCACUAUCGUUGUGGCAUUCAUCGGAUACUUCUGGCUACCACACAGCGUAGAGACGGCAUGGUUUCUAACACCUGAGGAACGUCAGUAUGCAUCGGCGCGUGUUGUGAGAGAUCGAGACAUACAGAAUGCGCCUGCGGCCGUUCAAGAAGACGAGCACGAAACGGAAGAUACCUACGACGAGGAGUCCCGAGGCCUUCUUGACUCGUCCAAGCAUUCGGCCUCCACAAUCACACCAACACGACAACUGGUGGACGACCAUGGACUCAGUCCCCACGAUAUAUUAUCCGCAGUCUUCAACACCAAGAUUUGGCACAUUCUAGCCUGUAAUGUCCUGUCCGCCGUCCCGGUCUAUGCCUUCUCCGUCUUCCUCCCGCUCGUACUAGCACCUCUGACCGAGGACGCGAACCCUGCGCUCAUCAACUUGCUCACUGCACCGCCACAUAUUUGUGGAGCCAUCGUACUAUACUUCGCCGCCAGCUAUAGCGACAAGCAUCGCAUACGCCUCAAGCCGAUCAUGUUAGGUCUGCUCAUCAUGGUAGCGGGUUUGAUUCUCGUGGUUUUGCUCCCAAGCUCAUGGGCAGUACCCCGUUACAUCGCCCUCAACAUUCUCCUCUCUGGCACCUACAUUGCUUCCCCGCUUACUGUAGCCUGGAUAUCUGGUAACACACCAUCGCCCGGCAAGCGUGCAUUGCUCCUCGGUAUCAAUGGCUGGGGCAAUCUUGCUGGAGUCAUCUCAGCUAUCUUGUUUCGACCAAAAUAUGCAGCGGGUGGCUAUAUUGUGCCUUUUUGGUGGACACUUGCGUCUGUUGCAUUAGCGGCGUUUGGAUAUGUGCUUUUCUACAGACGCUUAAAGCACGAGAACGAGACAAGGCAGGGAAUUCUGCGCAAGUGGAGUGAAGAUGACGUUGAGGCAGAGAGAGUGCAUGGUAGAGGACCGCUACCGCAGCAACAGCAGUGGCUGAGGAGAGCUAUCGACGUGACGCGGUCACAUGCGAAGCUUGCCUCGAUUGGUGAUUGGCUUGAGCAGGCUGUACGAGGCAGAGAAGGUGACGAUAGACUUACGUUUGUUUAUGGACUUUGAGGCGAAGCAGCCUUACACCCCACAUCCUGACUUUAGAGCAGUCUGAAGCGCUAUUGAAGCGAUUCAAGGCACUAAUGUCACCGGUUCUCAGCCGCAGCUGAGGAGCAAUUGACUUAUAGCACGGCAAAAAAGAAAAGAAGUUACUCGCUCUUUUCGUCUAUGACUUGACUCUACUUCAUCUCGAACGGCAAAUGACAUGGCAAACACGACCAUACCUAACGGCUCACAAUAUCAUCUCUGGAAGCCCGAGCCUUUGGCUCGUGGCACGUUCUCGAUACUGUCUUCGUCACUGCUCACUA